UCACGUUGCCUCAAGGGCCGACCACAGGCAAUCGUCCGCAGCUGGCGCAGCAUUUCGAUUGAUAAUGAGAAGCUACCACAUUCUAUCCAUUGUGUCCUUGUUAUCAGGCCCGACUGCCCGCGCGACUUCCGUCUUCGAUCUGUUCGACUUUGAGAAAAACCACAUCAGUGACGAGGCCCUCGAUUCAUUCGUUAGCACAGCCGGUUCCUGUCUUACAUGUGCAAGACGAGCUCCAAGAUGCAAGACCUACCCUGGCGAUCCAGAUUGGCCCAGUGAUCUCACGUGGAAAACGUUCAACACUUCACUAUCUGGCGCACUCAUUGCAACGAUUCCUGAGGCCGCACCUUGCUACGGCUCCAACGUCAGCGCCAUAAGUCCAGAAUGCCAGUUUCUGACAUCCUCUUGGGAUAAUUCGUCGUUCCGCGUCGAAGACCCAACAUCGAUUCGCGCUACCUUGUACCAAGGCCAAACGUGUCUCCCACCGUCAUUCGCUCCCUCAUUCUUACCUACGAGUAAUGGAUCAUGUACGCUAGGCGGGUACCCAUCCUACACGGUCAACGUCACGAGUGUCGCACAGAUUCAGCUUGCUGUGCGGUUCGCGAAAGCGCACAAUAUCAGAUUCGUGAUCAAGAACACGGGACAUGACUUCCUGGGGAAAAGUACGGGAAUGGGCGCGUUGAGCGUGUGGACGCACCGCCUAAAGGAGAAGACGUUCAACUUCGAACGAUAUGAUGGGGAAGAGAUUGGGCCUGCCCUAAGAUUGGGUGCUGGUGUGCAUGUCUUCGAAGCAUAUGAGUUGGCGCAAAGGCACAAUGUCACCGUUAUAGGAGGUGAAGGGAAGACUGUCGGCAUCGUAGGCGGCUACACCCAGGGCGGUGGGCACUCACCCCUCUCCUCCCUCUACGGCCUCUCUGCCGACCAAGUCCUCUCCAUCUCCCUCGUCACCGCCUCUGGCCGCUUCCUUACCGCCAACCGCACCUCCCACGCCGAUCUCUUCUGGGCGCUCCGCGGCGGGGGUGGCGGCACUUUCGCCGUCGUAACCUCCAUGGUCCUCAAAGCCCACCCGCAGAUCAAAGUGACAACCAUGCGCUACAGUAUUAAGACAUCUCCCACUUUCUCCCAAGAGAACUUCUGGAAAGCAAUGGCCGCGUAUCUUGACCGCUUCGAGGAGUUCGCAGAUAAGGGGUACUACUCCUACUUCCGCAUAACGCACUCUUCAGAUGGUGAAAUCGGACACGAAAUGGCCUCAUGGGUCGCGCCAAACACGUCAAUUUCCGAGUUCCGCAUGAGCAUCGCACCACUUCUAUCUGAAUGGCAAGCCCUUGGUAUGCCCAUAGAGACCUUCACCAUAACGGAAUACGACGACUUCGCCUCCGCCUGGGCGGCCGGUUUCCCUCAGGAACCGUGGACUUGGAACGGUCGACAAGCCAGCCGCUUCUUCCCGCGCUCCGUCGUGGCAAAUGCCACCUCCCGUGCCGCCAGCCUUGCCGCCAUCCGCGCUGUCUUCGACGCCGGCGCAUUUUUUAUCAUGUUCAAUAUGCGCAAUCCACCAGGUGCCGCGGCAAUUGACAACGCCGUCCUCCCCGCCUGGCGCGACGUCCUCCUCUUCGCCAUCAUGGUCGUCACCUGGAAAGAAACCACCCCAGCGCCGCAAGUCGAAGCGCUCAGCAGGAAUUUGACCGAGGUGUGGAAUCCGAUGUGGCGGGCGUUGACGCCGGGCAGCGGCACUUAUCUGAGCGAGGCGGAUUACCUCGAGCCUGGAUGGCAGGAGAGCUUCCAUGGAGAUAAGUAUGGGAGACUGUUAAGAGUGAAGGAGAAAUGGGAUCGGGAGGGGCUGUUUUGGAGUCAUAGGGCAGUGGGAAGUGAGGCUUGGGAGGAGAGUGAGGUGCUGUUGGGGCAUUUGCCGAGUCAGAAUAGUAGGCUGUGUAAGAGGUGGGAGCCGACUAGCAUCUCGUAA